GUGCAAAAACGUCGGCCCAUUGUCCUUCUUCGCCGCCAUGCCCUUGUUCUUUGCAAGGGGUCGCACUCGCGUGACGAUAUGCCCGGGCAACGUCCCGACGGAAAUCGCGUCAGCGCCACUCCUUGGCCCUACGAACGACGACGACUCAUGCGCCGACCCUCGCUUGCUGGCCAUGUCGCCUGUUGGUCGGGGGGCGUUGUCCACAACGUGCUCGAGCCCGUCCAAAUAUCGCCGGUCGAACCUUCCUUUUGCAUUCCAUUGCAAGGUCGAGCGCAUUCGCCAGCGGACGGGGAGCCUCUACGGGCUUGCACUCAUCGCCGGAGGCAACGUCAUCUUUAGUUUCAUGGCCGUGCUGAUCAAGUCUGCGGGCAACUACUUGACCUCCGAGGAAACCGUGUUCUGGCGAUCGACAGUCGCCCUCGUCCUGAACGUGGCCAUUCAGCUUCGAUUGAAGAUAUCGCCGUUCGCUGUGGCCCCCGAGUUCCGCAAGCUCCUCGUGUGCCGUGCCGUGAUCGGAUACAUCGCGAUGGCGCUUUCGUUCUACGCGUACUCGACCAUGAUCUUGUCCGAGGCGCAGGUCAUUCUUUGCGCGUCGCCCCUCGUCACAUUCGUCCUGGGUGUGUGCUGUCUCGGCGAAGUGCUGGAUCGCAUCGAGUUUGGAUGUGUCGCCGUGUCGUUCGUGGGAGUUGUUUGCGUGGCACGCCCCGCGUUUUUGUUUGGCGGGCGGGCUACGUCGGCAGCGUCGAAUGGUCCGAUGGCGUGUGCUAUCCUCGCGUCGUGCUUGAUUGGAGUCAUUAACAUCCUCAUUCGAAAGCUCAGCGCGCUCAACACGUGGACCUUGGUCACGUACGUGUUUCUGUCUUGCAGCACGUUUUCGUUGUUGAAACUCACCGUGUUCGACGAGGGGCUGUCCAUCCCGACCGACCCCGCGCACGUGCUUACGGUUCUCGGCAUUGGAAUCCUCGGGUGCGUCGGCCAAAUCAUGAUCACCAAGGGACUCCAAAUUGAAAAGGCCGGGAUCGGGUCCGCCAUGAUGUAUAUCAACAUUCUGUGCGUCAUGGUGUGGGACGUCACCCUCCUCGGCGAAACUCUCCACGCAUGGAGUGUCCUUGGCGCAGCCAUCAUUUGCACGGCCGCGUUCACGAUUGCGUAUCGCAAGGCCCGUCGACGUAGCAACUAACGACCACACAAGAUGGUUUGAAUCGUUGUCGAAAGGAACCUCCACGGCCCAUGGUUUGAAUCCGUCGUCACGGAAGGCGGCGGCAUAGUACGCAGCGAGAGGCAGAAACGACCACACCGUGAAUGUGUCUGCCGUAACUGGGGAAAUGGUGUCUCAGCA